AUGCCUCUUGAACCGAAGAAGAUCUACUCCACGCGGAACACAAGAGCACAGACACAGUUGAGCGCCAACUCCUCCGUUACAACCUCUGCGACCUCUGCAACCACUUCGAUCGCUUCAGCCGCUACAACCAUUCCAAUCGCUGCAUCCUCUACCACCGAUCCUACCAGGACCACUACGACUACUAAGGCUACCAAAUCCUUUAAGGUUGCCAAUGCCCCCAGGGCCAGCGCUCCCAGUACCAAUGCCCCCUUUGCCAAUGCCUUCAGUGCCAGUGCCGGUGCUUCUAGUGUAGCCAGUGCCUCCAGUGCCAGUGUUACAGUCAAGGCUACCCCUACGAGGCGAGCGCGCAAAGAUUGCGAAAUAACAGAGGUGGCACAGGAGAGGGCCUCUACUCAUGAUGAGGACGAAUAUGAAUAUGAGAGCGAUGAAAAUGCAUUUGUUUCCGGUUCUGAACGGUCUAAAAGUAUCGAUUGGGCGGCCAAAAAGCCGGUGUAUGAUAGAAGUCUUGUGGGAGGUAUCCAUCGCGUCGAGCAUGUCGAGAGGGAUGAAAACGGGGAACUGAUCAGUUCAGGCCGAGAUAUUUCAACAAACAGCAACGCCACUAACUACUACACUGUUGAAGAGCAUAUCCGAUGCUUGCUCUACGCAUGGCGGCAACCUGUCCACAGUCGCAGUGUUAUGAUUCGGGAGCACUUUGGACUGGCGCGAUUCCAGGUUAAUGGUGAGCCGUGGCUUGAUAUGGAUGACCCCGAAUGGACAGCAGUGAAGGUGCUUGGACGGGGCGAGAAAGCUCCUAUGGUGUACACCACAACUCGGGAGAGUACACUCACUGUGCUCAACUCACAGCAUGUCUCCUGCACCAGCAUUACCCAAUCUGGGCGCCACAGCGGAGCCAAGGAGGCGGCGAGGUUGAAGGUUGCGGAAGAAGACACUCGGACUGGCGGGCGUUGGGGGCAAGGGACCGGCAAGAUGCACCAGGUGUACUUGGACAAGCAACCCAUCACCUUUGCUUUGGCCAUGGCAGGGUUUUCCGUCAAGCCCUUUCAUCUCCGGCGGAAUGAAGUCGCUCCGUCCCUCGUACUGCAACGUCUCAUAUUUCCGUUUAUCGAAGAGGCAAUUGGGGCCCCUGGCUCCCGUGAGAAUGAACUGUGGAGAAAAGAGUGCGAUUUGGAAAUGCAGGAAUUCGACCCGAACGACAGCGAUAACUUGGACGACGUCGAGCCAUACGCGUUUGAACCCAACCCCAACCCCUUGAAGAUGAACAAGGCGACCGCUCUGGCGCAACGCUCUAAGAAGCAUGUGCUGCGAAUGAUGCUCCGAUUACGCCGAGUGCUGUUGCAGGACGCUGCCGAAUAUCUCUAUCGAUACCCUGAUAUAGCCCUGUCGCCGCUGCUGGGGAAGUGUCCUGAGGUGUUCGAGAGUCUGAUGUUUGAUGCCUUCAAGGAGAACGUUGCGAUGUCUCUAAAGCGGCAUGAGAUGUACGUGCCCAUCGAUCUUCCGCCCAACCUGAUGGCAGCACUCCAGACCUGGAACUUGGCGCAAGCAAAUGGGGUUGCAGAUAUCAAGCGAGCACUGGCCGACAUCCAUGUGAGGCUGGAUGCCUUUGAAAAAUGUUUCACAAUCCAGCACAAGCAAAACAACUGGGUGAACGAUGGGUUGGACGAGAUCGAGAAGAUGUGCAAGGACUUACAGAAAGCGCUUGACAGACCGCCGCUUUCUGUAUUUGACGAGCUUGAGUGGUACGACAAAUUGCUUGCAGAAAGGAAAGCCCGGGGACUACCAACAACACUCUCAGGCGCCACAACCAAGAACCUGAACAACAAAAGGAGGAUCCAUGAGCAGGUCUUGUUUUUGAUGGAGAGGAAUAGAAUGAACACGUUGAUGACCGAGGAGGAAGCCCUACGUGCCGCCUUCGUGGAGAUUGAUGCUGUGGCUCUGCCUAUUUAUGGCCGCAAGAAAAGCCCCACCUCGAACGAUGGAGCUGGAUUACCGGACAAAACCGCUCCGACAAUUGGACUGGGAUUGUUGGUUGAGAUGGACAAGGCUGUCGGUGCGGAUAUGGCGGUAGAGGCUGGCCUGAUCGAAACAUCAACUGUUCAAGUCAAAGUUGGUGUGGCAGAGCGGGCUGAGAUGGCCAACGCUGUAGUCGAUUGUCUGAGAGGCGCUGCUCGCCAAGCCUGCAAGGUCAAGAGACGGUAUCGGGCCGCUUCGACGGUUUCUUCUGGCAAGACACCAAGGAAUUCUGGGGUGGGACAUAGCGUCAUGGAGUUCAUUACACGUCUCAAGCAGCUGAAAAUCCUAGAGUCGCGCGACCAACCGCUGAUGAAGGAGGGUCCCGAGUACACUCCUAACCUUCUUGUCCGAUCAAUUGUCAUCCAGCUUGCAGCCGAGCUGAAGAAAAUCUACCACAUGGAAUUUACGAGCUUCAGCAACAGGGCCCGAUCUCUAGGCUAUACUGUUGUCGGCGUCAAUGAGUACUACACCAGCGAGAAGUGCCCGACAUGCGGAGAGAAUGGUCAGACUUGUGAAGCCUUUAUGCAUCGAGACGUUAUGGCUGGCCACAACAUGUGCAACAUCGUCAAGACCCACCUAUUGAUGCAAACAAGACCGUUGUAUCUGCAGCCGGUUGAUGUCGAGGGACAUUAUCCAUGGGUGGAGGGUGGUGAGAGCAACAGGAUCGAUCUAGGCUCCAGCAGCACAUUACUCAAGAACAAGGCGAAGAAGCCGGCAAAGGAUCGCAAGGCUGCAGUUGGUCCAGCUCCAAGAGUCAUCAAGCGCAAUUCGAGCGAUGAUCCCAUGCAUGGAGACAUCUCAGUUCAUUAA